AAUUCAAAAUCAAAUUUAGUCUGCUAUAUCACAUGCUAAACUAUGCUACCCUAGCCCACUCUUAUACAUAAAUAGCCUCAUACUCAAGCUUAUCUUUAUAAUUGCCAUAACCUAAGCCAACAAACAGGAUUAUGUUACUGGUUUUCUUAGUGCUCCUGUGGUGUUUAAAUGAAUCGUUUGAACCUCCUAGAUCUUACCUAAGUGAACUACUACACAUCCAAGUGUUCCAAAUUGAUAUAUGACAAUAUCUACUUUCGAUCACGUGUCUUUGGCGACUUAGACGGAUUGCGCGUCAUCUUGCCUUCCUAAAUUUUCCCCUUCUGCAGUUCGAAUCCAAAACAUCUUUCUAUAGUACGGAGUACGGGGGAAAGAUGUUUAACUCGGUGAAUCUGGGAAACUUCUGCCCCCAGACGCGCAAAGACCGGACAUCCGAGUUUGGGGACAGAACGGGCUGCGCCUCAAACAUCUACCUCCCGAACUGCACCUACUACGUCCCCGAAUUUUCCGCCGUCUCUACGUUUCUUCCACAGGCCUCGUCGCGGCAGAUAACCUACCCAUAUUCCUCAAAUCUGCCUCAAGUGCAGCCGGUACGGGAAGUUUCCUAUGGAUUGGACCCUUCUAGUAAAUGGCACCAUAGAAGCAAUUAUGCAUCAUGCUACUCUGGAGAGGAUCUGGUGCACAGGGACUGUCUUCCGUCAUCCACCAUGACAGAAAUGCUUAUGAAAACGAACGAGAGUGUGUACAGUCAUCACCACCACCACCACCACCAUCCCAGCUCCAACCAUUCCUCCACAGGGUUCUACCCCGGCGUGGGGAAAAACAACGUCCUCCCUCAAGGUUUCGACCGCUUUUUUGAGACCGCAUACUGCGGCGCGGACAAUCAGUCAGCAGAGAAUUGUUUACAUAAGAGCGAGGCUAGUAAACUGGAAACAGAGUCCCAGCAGCCAGCGGCUCUACUGGGCGCCCCAGACCAGGACAAGGACCCAGAGGAUGAGGAGGAACAUACACAUUCGGGCUCGUGUACUUCUUCAGCCACGAAGGACGGCAGUGCCAGCAAGAACAGCCACUCGAGUACUCCUCGCACGAGGAAGAAGAGAUGUCCAUACUCCAAAUUCCAGAUUCGAGAAUUGGAGCGGGAGUUCUUCUUUAACGUUUACAUCAAUAAAGAGAAACGGCUGCAGCUUUCCCGGAUGCUGAACCUCACCGACCGACAGGUUAAAAUCUGGUUUCAGAAUCGAAGAAUGAAAGAAAAGAAAUUAAGCAGAGAUCGUUUGCAAUAUUUUUCUGGAAACCCUCUAUUGUGAACAUGUGAGGAGUGUUAAAGCAUAGGCCUAAUGAUUAUAGUCAAAGGUCAAUGACACUCUUUUCUCAGUGAAUUCUUAUCACCAGUAAUAAACAAAGUUCAAGUUACAAAAAGUAGCCCAGAUCAGCAGCCAUGUUGAACAACUAAAUGUUAUGAUGGGGUUAUUUCUAUUCCCAACAUAUGGGGUUUCUCUAUGUAUGCGUAAUAAGCCGCCAUUUUCCUGUAGCCUUCGUGCACAGAAUAAUUUCUAUUUCAGAUAUAGGCCUACAGGUGAUAUAAUAAUCAUUGAUAUGCCGUAGUUAAUAUGAAUUUCCAUGUAUUUACCACGAAUUUUAAUUCUGUGUAUUUACUUGUGCAUUUCACAAGUAUAUUAUUUGUUGAAUAUUAAAUGUUACAUCACAAUUUGGAAGCAAUGAUAGGCCUGUAUUGGAUAUUUAAAAAUGUCCCUUCCCUCUGGUCGUUGUAUAGGUAUAUGUAUUGCCUAUGUGUAGCCUACCAUGAAACCACGAUUCUCUUUUCGACUAGACUAUUGAACACAAAAUAGUAUUUACAGGCUUCAUUUUUGCCAUUGAGAACAGUGACGUGUACAAUUUGUAAUAAUGUUUUCCCUUGUACAGACUAUGCAACUAUGUGCAUUCGUAUUGUAAAUAUGAUUUCAUUUUUAAUUUCCCACCCCCUUUCCGUGCUGCUAUUUUCUUUACACCGCCCAAGCAAGCAGUGUACUUUAAAAGCUUUAAUGUUAACGCUCCUUUAAAUUAUUUGCUUUAUGCUCGGUGUUUGGCUAUGGAAGAGGAGGAGGAAAAUAUGGAGCUGUG